AUGUCUGCAAAUCAUUCAAUGCAUGCUGGGAGUUGGACAAAGCUGACUUUGACUGAGUUGAAGGACUUGUGUGCAGCUUGUAGCUUCUCCGUAGAGGGUAAUAAAGAAGAGCUAGAUGAAAGACUACAUGCUUAUUUUGACAAGAGAAAAGAUAAAGGGCUGAAGGCGCAGUUGAAGGGGAGUAAUAGAGGACAAGAACCAGGGCCCAGGAAUGCUUAUGAUAGGACAGGAGAAGUAGUAGAUGUGGACUUGGAUGAAGAUGGAGGUGGUGAGUUUGAGGAUGAUUUAGAUGAAAACUCCCAGGAAGUGGAUAAUAGGAUUAUAGAGGAAUUUGCAGCAUGUUUUAGAGGAAAAGAGAAAGUAAAGUCAGUUCCUGUUGAUGUUUUUCUGACUGCUUUAAGUAGCAUUGAAAGAAAGAUGGAUAGGAAUUUCUCUGCAUUGUAUAAGGAGAUUGAAGAUGGAGAUGGGUUAGAUGAAGCUUGGCCGAAAGUUAAAUUAUCAAGACCACGUGACCAUGAGUACGAUUUUUUGGCAAAGAUUGGUAAACAUUUGGAUAAGGCAAUCAGGGUGUUGCUAGAGUCUAAUAGGAAGGAAAUUGUUGGUGUGUGUGAGGAAGUUGAAUCAAGGGCUGUUACUCUAAGAUUAGCAGGAUGGGGUACUGCAUUGCAGAUUGUAGGAAGUAAUGAUAAGAUGAUGGAGAAGUACAAGGACCAUAUACCUUUAUUUAGCCAGGCAGAGCAAUCUUCAUGCUCAUAUGAAUGGGGUUAUAGAAGAAAAGCUCGAAAGUAUCAGCACAAAAGAAAAAGAGCAUCACCUACUUCAUCUGAUUCAGAAAGAGAUUAUUACUCAUAG